AUGCCAUACGGGGCAAAGCACUUCAACUUUACCGUAGCAGACGAAAUCACAAGCACCAAUCUGGAGAAGGAGUUCGUCUUCACAAAUCGGACAGUUGCACAACCGGCAAAAACGGUAUUGCAGCACAUCAUCUACUGGGUCGAUCAGUCGUUUUCAUAUCCCAAAUCGUCAUCGAACUACCUCAAAACCUGGGAUUUGGUGGCAGAGCUAGAGCGCUAUGUGUUUAAACGCCAUGACCAGGCACACCAAGUUGCCGACAUCACAGCCCAUAUUCGCGAGUUUAUGAGCAAGAUCUGCAACUACAUGUCGAAGAAGCCUUUGUGGCGGGAUCCGAUUGUCAUGGGCAAGCAGGUAUGAUCGGAUUACUCAGGGACAUGACUAUAUCACAGCAUUGCUAACAAGUUAUGAAGUUGACUCCACCGGAUGGUAAGACUGGUGUCCAAAGACGACACCCUGUUAGAUUUGGCCAAUUACCUGCACCGUUUUGAGCAGAAGAACUGGGCAGGGGUGGUGAAAAUGGUUGUCCAGUACGCCGGACCUGUUUUAACAGGACCAUUCGUGCAGUUCAAUGAUCCCGCGGCUCUUGUUAGAUAUCCAUCGCUCUUCACUUAACGGAUAUUUCUCCGUAUUGACCAAGAACAAAUAGAACAGGCUGACAGAUUACGGCCAUUCAAUUCA